UGGAGGAGCAGAGACACACACAGUGCGUGCAGCCCUCGCUGCUGCUGCCGGGGCUGCUGCUGCUGCUGCUGCUGUUGCUGUUGCUGCUGCUGCUGCUGCUGCUGCUGCUGGAGUUGUCUCUGCUGCUUUCCCUGCUGCAGCAGCACAAACGUGACUUCCAACAUUUUUAUUUAUCUUCUCCUUUCAACCCCUUUCCUUUUCCAAGAUGUAACUACAGCUCUGACACUAAGGACCUGCAGAUCGCUUAGGUGGCUUGAGCAAGAGAAAAGGGGAUAUCAAGGGCGUCGUUUUUUGUGUUUAGGGGGAAAUUUUCCAUUAUAAUGUUUCACUAAAGUGAUUUUUUUUUGUUUCCUUCGCAUUCGUCUCUUUUUUUUUUUUUUUUUUUUCAUCCCCCAUAUCUCGGAUUUAUUGCUAGGAGAAUCACAUUGUGAGGAAAGAAAGUCGGAUUACAAGAUACCACUACAAACAACCCCCUCCCCCAGGAUUUUUCAGUAUUUUUUUUUAAUUGUCGCGGCUUUAAUUCAUGAAGCAAUUGUCCCCUUUUGCAAUCAGAAUUUGGAUACCAGAAUGAGCAAAGAAAGACCCAAGAGGAAUAUAAUUCAAAAGAAAUACGAUGACAGUGAUGGGAUUCCAUGGUCGGAGGAGAGGGUGGUACGGAAGGUCCUUUAUUUAUCUCUAAAGGAGUUCAAGAAUGCACAGAAGAGGCAACAUGGUGAUGGCAUUAACGGAAGUCUCAAGGCAGUGAAUGGACUUCUCACUAACGGCCAAUCUAAAGGAUUAGGACCGGGAUCAGAACAGCUGGAGAAUGAGAAGGACGAUGCAUCGCAAGUGUCCUCAACGAGCAAUGAUGUUAGUUCUUCAGAUUUUGAAGAAGGGCCCUCAAGGAAAAGGCCAAGGCUGCAAGCACAAAGGAAGUUUGCUCAGUCCCAGCCAAACAGUCCCAGCACAACUCCAAUAAAGAUAGUGGAGCCGUUGUUACCCCCUCCCGCCACUCAGAUUUCUGACCUCUCCAAAAGGAAGCCCAAGACAGAAGAUUUUCUUACUUUCCUCUGUCUUCGAGGUUCUCCAGCUCUGCCCAGCAACAUGGUAUAUUUUGGAAGCUCUCAGGAUGAUGAGGAUGAAGAAGAAGAAGAGGAGGAGACAGAGGACACAAAAACAGCCACAAACAAUGCUUCAUCAUCAUGUCAGUCCACCCCCAGGAAAGGAAAAACACAUAAGCACGUUCCAAAUGGACAAGUUUUCAAUGGGUCUGGCAAAUCAUCGAAGGAGAAAGAACCUGCUCCGAAACACAAAAGCAAAGAGGCCACACCAGGGAAGGAGAGGAACAGCGAACACAAGGCUGAGAGCCGAAAAGACCAGGCUGCUGCUAAUCACCAUCCUACUACAAACACUGGCUCCUCCACGAAAGGGCUCACCGCUAACAACCACCACACUCUUCAUAGAUCGGCUCAGGACUUAAGGAAACAGGUUUCUAAAGUCAACGGAAUCACUCGAAUGUCAUCUCCGAGUGCAAAUGCAGCCAGUGCCAAAAAGAUGAGAGAAGUCAGACCUUCACCGUCCAAAACUGUGAAGUAUACUGCAACAGUGACAAAGGGAACUGUCACAUACACCAAAGCCAAGAAAGAACUGGUCAAGGAAACCAAACUAAAUCACCACAAACCCAGUUCACCUGUCAACCACACAAUCUCAGGGAAAAUAGAAAGUAGCAAUGCAAAAACCCGCAAACAGGUGCUAUCCCUUGGAGCAUCCAAGUCUAACAAUACCGCUGUUAAUGGUGUAAAAGUCAAUGGCAAGUUGAACCAAAAGACAUGCACUAAGGAGGUGGGGAGACAGUUAAGGGAGGGGCUGCGCAAUUCGAAGAGGAGGCUGGAAGAGACGAAUCACAUAGACAAAAUACAGUCGCCCACCAAGAGGAUGAAAGGGGCAGUCAACUUGGCAGAAGCUGCAAGCAAAAGGGCAGCUGUAGAAAAGCCUUUGCUGAAUGGACACCUUAAAAAGGAAGUGCCAGAGAAGAGUUUGGAAAGAAAUAGGCCGAAAAGAGCCACUGCUGGAAAGAAUACGCCAGGGAAACAAGCACAUGGCAAAACAGAAAAUGCCUCCUGUGAAAAUCGUUCUACCUCUCAAGCGGAGUCCUUGCACAAGCCACAAGACUCAAUGGGAAAGCACGAAAAGGGCAGUAGAGGCUGCGAGCUCGACCUGGCCUGCUUCGUCCAGCUGAUUAACGAGAUGGGGGGGAUGCAGCAAGUGACUGACCUCAAGAAAUGGAACAAACUGGCAGACAUGCUGCGCAUCCCCAAAACUGCACAGGACAGGCUGGCCAAGCUGCAGGAAGCCUACUGCCAGUACUUGCUCUCCUAUGACUCCCUCUCCCCCGAGGAGCACAAGAAACUGGAGAAGGAGGUCUUGCUGGAAAAGGAAAUCUUGGAGAAAAGGAAAGGACCUUUGGAGGGACAUUCGGAGAAUGCCUACAAGUUCCAUUCCUUGCCCCGGUUUGAGCCCAAAAACGGACUCAUCAACGGCGUGGUUCACAAAAAUGGCUUCCGCAACAAGUUAAAAGAAGUCGACGUCCCAUUGAAGACGGGCAGGCGGCGGCUCUUCGCUCAGGAAAAGGAGACCACGAGGGAGGACGAGGAUGAGGAGGAGGAGGGAGUUCUUAGCGACUUACACAAGUGUAUAUACAAGGGUAGGUCUGUUUCUUUAACAACCUUUUACCGAACAGCAAGAAACAUCAUGAACAUGUGCUUCACAAAGGAGCCUACAGUAGCUGAAGUAGAGCAAGAAUAUUGGCGGAUAGUGGAGCAGAAAGAUUGCCAUGUAGCAGUGCACUGUGGGAAAGUAGAUACCAACACCCACGGGAGCGGCUUUCCCGUGGGGAAAUCUGAACCAUUUUCAAGGCAUGGGUGGAACCUCACAGUCCUUCCUAAUAAUACAGGAUCCAUCCUGCGACAUCUUGGUGCUGUGCCUGGAGUGACAAUUCCUUGGCUAAAUAUUGGCAUGGUCUUUUCUACCUCAUGCUGGUCUCGAGACCAAAAUCACCUUCCAUACAUUGACUACUUACACACUGGUGCUGAUUGCAUUUGGUAUUGCAUUCCUGCUGCAGAGGAGAACAAACUUGAUGAUGUGGUACAUACCCUGCUGCAAGCCAACGGCACUCCAGGGCUGGAAAUGCUUGAAAGUAAUGUAAUGAUCUCCCCAGAAAUCUUGUGUAAGGAGGGGAUCAGGGUGCACCGUACUGUACAGCAGAGCGGGCAGUUUGUCGUCUGUUUUCCUGGAUCCUUUGUGUCUAAAGUGUGUUGUGGCUAUAGUGUUUCUGAAACAGUGCACUUUGCUACCACCCAGUGGACAAGUAUGGGUUUUAAAACUGCCAAGGAAAUGAAGAGACGACGUAUAGCCAAACCAUUUUCAAUGGAAAAGUUGCUUUAUCAGAUUGCAACAGCAGAAGCAAAAAAGGAAAAUGGACCGACUCUGAGUACGAUAUCAUCACUUCUUGGAGAGCUCAGGGACACAGAGCUGAGGCAGCGGCGGCAGCUUUACGAGGCAGGUCUCCAUUCUUCAGCCCGCUAUGGCAGUCAUGACAGCAGCAGCACGGGGAUGGAUGGAAAGAAAAAGCCUCGAAAGUGGUUGCAGUUAGAAACAUCAGAGAGGAGGUGUCAGAUUUGUCAGCACCUCUGCUAUCUUUCCAUGGUUGUACAGGAGAAUGAAAAUGUUGUCUUCUGCUUGGAGUGCGCCCUGCGGCAUGUGGAAAAACAGAAGUCUUGUCGGGGACUGAAAAUGAUGUAUCGUUAUGAUGAGGAACAAAUAAUCAGUCUAGUCAAUCAAAUCUGUGGAAAAGUAUCUGGUAAAAAUGGCAGCAUUGAGAACUGUAUCAGCAAGCCUACACCAAAAAGAGGACCUCGUAAGAGAGCAACAGUUGACGUGCCAUCAUCUAGGCUUUCAUCCUCCAGUUCAUCCAAAAGUGCUUCAAGUUAAUCCUGAAGAUGCCAACACUCUCAUUUUGUCAAUUUAUAUAUAUUUUUUGUAAUUAUUAUACCAUAGUUUGGAGUACUUGCUGUAGAAUACAAGCUGUCUUUGCACUAGCUCUAAAGAAGAUUUUCUUCUGGUUUUAGAGAACUAAUUUUGUUUUAGCAUUAAACUGUUGAAUUUUUUUUUGUACUUAGGAUAGAUAGAUACAGCAGUCAGAUUUUUUUAAACUGCCGUAUGUUCACUGUUUUAAAACCGGCAAGGGGCUGAUAAAAUAUUAAUUUGUAUUGUCCCUAUGGCUGAAAAAAAAUAAAAAGCCUUUUUGGUAACUGUGAAAAAAAGGCUUUUAACCCAUUUUUGAAUAGGUUAAAGUUUGAUGUCUUUUAUAAUUUGUUCUCCAGUCAUGUGAGCAGAUUUUUCUAGAGAGAAAAGGGAUAGGAGACAAAACUUGAAAGAAAUUGCUUUACUUUGGCUGUCUUUUAUUCUGUCACGGCAAGAUGAGUUUUGUAAUUUUUUAAAUUGGAGAAUACACACUUUCUUUGGGAGGUUAUGGCAGCUGAAGCUGGACUUUGUUUCCUAACUGUAGGCAAAAGGAGGAGAUUUGGAGUAUGUUCUCUUUUACCAGCACAUCACUAUGCAUCUGUUUUGAGGGGGAAAAAUAAAAAAUAAAAAAUAAAAAUAAAAAAGAGAAGGAAAAAAGACUGCCUGCCUUGAGGAGUCAUGUGAGGGAAAACUGUGCCUGAUUUCAUUAGGAAAUCCAUUCUGUUAUUUUUUGGUGCUGUUGGCUACUUUAUCAAAAACCCUUCAAUAGCAUCCUUUAAAAAAAAAAGAAAAAAGAAAAAAAAAAAGUGAUUGAAGCCAUAAGUGCUUCUUUGUCAUAGACGUGCAAUCUUUCUAACAUUCCAUUUCCAUUCCACUGCUGUUUUUCACACCGUACACAGUCAAGCAUUAAUUUUUGUUUUGAAUUUGUUUCAUUAUAUGAUCACUUUUAGAGCCACUAGCAGGUCUGCAUUUUUCCUUUGAAUGUGAAAAUGCAUUUGCUUUCAUCUUGUCUAUUUUUCUCUUCAUGUUGUAACAAAAAAAAAAAAUCACACCUUUUGUACAUAUGCCUGUAAAUUUUUUUAAAUACUUGAGCCUUUUCUUGGGGUGGGGGGAGGGAUGGCAAAGAGACAAGAUGAAGAAAAGCCUUACGUUUCACUUUCUUCAUCGGUUGGAUUGGAUGCUUACAGGGUUUUUCUUGUAACAUUUAUAAGUGCUGCUUACAUCACUGAACAACAACAAAAAAUAAUAAUGGAGUAGCUGUUGCCCUUUUCUGGUUGUGUGUACAGUAUGUGUGGAAUAAAAAAGGGAAAAUGUUUUCACAAACUGUUUUGUUUCAUAAUUGAAUUCAACAAUACCGUAGCUACCCAUAUUGCACUGAGCUUGCCAGUGGUAACUGUCAGGAAAGUCCUAUAAUACAAUUUGUUGGUUGUUGUUGCAGAAGACUGAACUGUUUUGGAAUAUUUAACAAUAACAUAAACAGAGUCAAGUGUUUUCAAAUGUGGUUGUCUGGUUUUUAUGGCCUUGCUGUGUACUUUUCCCUCUUGACAGUAAACUUCUGACUAUGGCUUACAGUUUGACAUUUAAUUUAUUAGCGCUGCUCUGCUCUCUUUCCUUGUAAGGAAAGACUUCAUGUUGUUUAUUGCCAGUUUUUGUUUACUUUCCAGGUUUGUACUACAAGGUUUAAUAAAAAAACAAAACU